AUGGUGGUCCUAGUUGAUCUGGAAGAGGACGGGCUCCCUGCAUAUCUUGCCCCACACACAUUAACAGCCAGCAUCCCAGAUGUGAAGCCGUUGCUGCACGAUCUGCUGGCCUCGACAAACAAUGAGCAUGCGAGAACAGCUGGCGAGAGGCCUAACCCGAACAUCAACGGGUUCUCGGCAGCCCUCAGCUGUUAUCCUAUCGUCAGGCAGCUUGCCGGACAGCUCGAUCUGAACACGUUACAUGAUCUCUCGCGCACGUGCAGGCAGUUCCGCGUCAACCUAUUGGAAUACCGUGACCAGCUUGUCAAACACACGCUGCAUUGCUGCUAUGAGGAUGACGACACCGACUCGCAGCUGCAGGCGCGGUUCCGCGAGCGGCCAGGCAGCAUCCAGUCGUCGCGCCAUAUGACGAGCGGGAAGAUUGGGAAGUGCGCGCGAGACAUGGUGGGCGAGUGUCAGCGUUGCGCAGCUGUCGUGUGCCGAAACUGCACCAUGAAGCCACCCCCAACGCCCGCUCUGCGCGCCCGUCAUCGGCGGAUAUGUCGCACCUGCAUUAAAUCACCAUUGCCGUUGCUCAUGGCCGCCAUAAAGAGGCGCACGUCGUCUUCGGGCAGCUCGCCGUCGCCGUCGCCGCCGUCUUCGCCGAAUCUACGGCCCGUUCUUUGUGAGAGUGGUGCGCCCCGGGCCUUCACCGCACCUGCUUUCGAGAGAACACCGUGUAACUGCGACAAUGUGGUAUGGCUUUGCGCGCCAUGCGGCAAGGAUUUAAAGAGUGCCGAUACCAACUACGUGCGUGGUUGGAGCUGGCGCACGCGUUACAGCCACUACUUGGGUGGCGUCGGUACAGGGGCUGGCGAGGGCGAGCAAGGCGUCGAGUGCGGACGAGGAGCAGAAUGCCUGGGUGCUCGUAUCGUUGAGCACGAGGCUUGUGAGGCAGAGACGCUGGCUGCAUUGGCUGCGCGAGACAGGCGCCACAACACACCAGACUCCCCAGAAAGGUGGCGAGGUACAAGCUACCUUGUGCAGGAGAUGGAGGGCAUUGGUGGAGUGCUCAAGGUGAAGCACAAGAAGCACACUAGAGUCGGCGAGUGCGUGAAGAUGUAUGAAGAUGAGCGGGAGAAGUCCAUACAGUGGCUGCCUAAAGAAAACGCCGGGAAACUGAGGAGUUGGUGCUCCUGGUGUCAAAGAGUGGUGCCCGGUGAAAAGGACAAAGCGGACCCUGCUGGGCUGCAUCGAGUACGGAGCUCGACUAGCUCAGCGUCGUCGAACGCAUCAAGAUGA